UUUAUUUUGUUGAAGGAAUAUUUUGAUAGUUACUGUGUUUCAAAUUAGUUUUAAUUUCAUUUUAUAUACGUGAAUUAGAUUAAAAAAGGAACGAAUUAUGGACAGAAAUCCAAUGAGUCCCACAGCUCCUCCACCAUCAUAUGACGAAAUUGUCAAUGACAAGCAAACAUCAGAUUACGCAAAUUGUACCCAGUCGACUGUGAAUAAUGAAUUAAAUCAAAAACAAUUGAAUUCACAAUCAAAUGAGUCGUUGCUGCUAUCAGAUCACAGAUGUGUUAUUGAAUCCCGUUGCGAAUGCGGUAGACGAACACAAAUUUCAUAUCCAUUUCAAUGUGAAAAUCAACAGGCAAGAAAUUCUAUAAGAAAUAAUGAAAGUGAAAUCGUAGGUGUAUUUAAAACUACUCCAGAAAUUAUGAGAUGCCCUUAUUGUAUGAAAAUUAUUGAAACUAAAGUUAUUAAGAAAAUUAACGCUUUUACACAUACAAUUGCACUCAUAUUAUUAGUAUUUGGAUGCUUUUGCUGCAGUUGCAUACCAUAUUUUUUGGAUGGUCUGAAAGAAAUCAAACACUUUUGCCCAGAUUGUAAUGAAUUUCUUGGUGCUUAUAAAAGUUCCUACAGGUGUCAACGUUUUAUUAACUAAAUUUUUAAUA